GCAAUCGCGACCCCUUGCCUGUGGAUCGCGUCCUGGUCUCGUUCACUGUCCGCGUCCUACGGUUGUGCAGGCGGCGUGGGAUCUUCGCGACCUUUGAGAACCCGCCCGCGAGCCGCGUCUGGCGCUGGCCUGCGCUCGAGCGGGAGCUCCGGCGCCUCGAGUGCCCCGAGGUGCUGUUCGACUCGUGCAGGUUCGGGGCUCCGUUCAAGAAGCCGGGCGCGAUCGCUGGCAGCUUGCCAGGCUUGGAGGCGUUGGGGCUUCGCUGCUGCUGUGCCGGUCGGCAUCGCGUUGAGCUUCAGGGGAAGGUCCGGCAUCCUACUCGAGGCUGGGUGUGGCGGACGACCCUCGCGAGCGCCUACCUGCCGAGCUGGUGCCGGCUGCCGGUGUCCCUGGCUGGCCCCAAUGCGCCGCGCGGCGCCUUCGGCCGAGCCACGGCGACAGAGCUCCAGGGCAGGGCUCACGCGCUGGCGAGCGCGGCAGGCUGCCGAGAGCCCCGAGCCGUCUCGGCGCCGAUCUGCCCGCAGCGCUUUCGGCUCCCCUGGCGGCCAGGGUGGACCUCCGCGCUCGACCCGAAGCCGCGGAUGCGGGCAGCCGCUGGGCGCGCCAGAGAGCCCGACGGGCGCUUGGCGCCGGUGCCGAGACCGCUGGCCAAGGCACAGAGGCAGCGGCGCGCUAACGCCGCCGCUCGCGGCGACGCCGCGGCAGCCGAUCGCGAGGCUGGUCCCGGAGACUACCUUCGGCUGGCCAGCUUGCGUCCUGCGACGCUCGCCAGCUAUCGCAAUGCGGUUUCUGCCCUCGAAGUGUUUGCGCAGGAGCGUGGUCUCCCUUUGAAUUCACCACAUGAGGCCGACUCGGCCUUGAAUCCAUACUUCGAGGAACUGUUCUUUGCGGGCGAACCGCAGUACGUUGGCCGCUUGGCCCUGUAUGGUCUGCGUAAGCAGCGAGGUUGGUCUGCUGCCAGGCCGAACUUUCAAAGGGCGAAGGAUGCUCUGGCUGGCUGGUCGGCCAAGAUCCCGCCGUGCGUGCGCGAUCCGCCCCCGUUUGAGGCCGUUCAGCUUGUCUGCUCUGUCCUAGACAACGGCACGGGCCUUGACUUUCUGGUCGCACUUGGCGCCUUG